AUGGCACAGCCACUGCUUGCACCGCCAGGACCAGACAGCCUCGUACAUUUCACCCGGGAAUCUCUUGCAGCUAUUGAGAGAUGCAUUGCAGAGGAAAAAGCCAAGAGACCCAAGGAACAACACAGUGAAGAUGCUGAAAAUGGCCCAAAGCCAAAUCGUGACUUGGAAGCCGGCAAAUCACUACCAUUUAUUUAUGGUGACAUACCUCCAGGGAUGGUUUCUGAGCCAUUGCAAGACCUGGACCCAUUUUAUAGAACAAAAAAAACUUUUAUAGUAUUGAACAAAGGGAAGGCAAUCUUCCGAUUUAGUGCCACACCUGCCUUGUACAUUUUAAGUCCUUUCAAUCCUAUAAGGAAACUAGCUAUUAAGAUUUUGGUACAUUCAUUGUUCAGCAUGCUCAUCAUGUGCACUAUUAUGACCAAUUGUGUGUUUAUGACGAUGCAUAACCCUCCAGACUGGACAAAGAAUGUAGAGUAUACCUUCACUGGUAUUUACACAUUUGAAUCACUUAUAAAAAUUCUAGCAAGGGGCUUCUGUGUAGAUCACUUCACAUUUCUCCGAGAUCCCUGGAACUGGCUGGAUUUCAGUGUCAUUGUUAUGGCGUAUGUAACAGAAUUUGUAAACUUAGGCAAUGUUUCAGCUCUGCGAACUUUCAGAGUAUUGAGAGCUUUGAAAACUAUUUCAGUAAUACCAGGUCUCAAGACCAUUGUGGGUGCGCUGAUCCAAUCGGUGAAGAAGCUGUCCGAUGUAAUGAUCCUGACUGUUUUUUGUUUGAGCGUAUUUGCACUAAUAGGGCUACAGCUGUUCAUGGGAAACCUAAAACAUAAAUGUGUUCAGUGGCCACCUGAGUUCAACUUUAGUACAAGUAACAGCUCAUUUGUUCUGAAUGACACCAUGGCCAAUGAGACAACGAACACAUUUAACUUUGACAAAUACAUCCAAGACACGAAAAAUUACUAUUUCUUGGAAGGAUCCAAAGAUGCAUUGCUUUGUGGUAAUGGCUCAGAUGCUGGUCAAUGUCCUGAGGGCUAUAUAUGCCUGAAAGCUGGAAGAAACCCCAAUUAUGGUUACACCAGCUUUGACACAUUCAGCUGGGCAUUCUUAUCAUUAUUUCGGCUGAUGACUCAGGACUUUUGGGAAAACCUUUACCAGCUGACCCUGAGAGCUGCUGGAAAAACGUACAUGAUAUUUUUUGUGCUGGUCAUUUUCCUGGGAUCUUUCUACUUGGUCAAUUUGAUUCUGGCUGUUGUUGCAAUGGCCUAUGAUGAGCAAAACCAGGCCACCUUAGAGGAAGCAGUACAAAAAGAAGCAGAGUUUCAGCAAAUGCUUGAGCAACUGAAAAGACACCAAGAAGAAGCUCAGGUAAGCAGUGGUGCUUUUUUCCCCGAUGCACAGGCUGCUGCAGCACUAGCUGCCGAGGAGGAGGAUGGAAGUGGAAGAGUUGGAAUAUGUGAAAUGUCACAGAGUUCCUCAGAAGCAUCAAAGCUUAGUUCAAAAAGUGCCAAGGAAAGACGAAACCGACGGAAAAAGCGGAAACAAACGGAACUGGGAACUGAGGAUAAGGAUGAGGAAAAGAUGCACAAAUCAGAAUCAGAAGACAGUGGAAGAAAAGGGAAUGGCUUUCGAUUUUCCAUUGAUCGAGAAGGCAGGAGAUUUCUUGUUCUUUUUCAGUCUCUACUAAGUAUUCGUGGAUCUAUCUUUUCGCCCAGGCGUAAUAGCAGAAGCAGCAUCUUCAGUUUCAAAGCUCGGACUAAAGAUAUUGGGUCAGAGAAUGACUUUGCUGAUGAUGAGCACAGCACUUUCGAAGACAACGAAAGCAGAAGGGGCUCACUCUUUAUCCCACGCAGGCAGGGUGAGAGACGCAGCAGUAACGUUAGUCAGUGCAGUAAGUCCUCCAGGAUGCUGCCAGUGCUUUCAGUGAAUGGGAAGAGGCACAGCACAGUGGAUUGCAAUGGAGUGGUUUCACUUGCCGGUGGACUUUCAACUCCAACGUCACCUGUUGGACGCCUUCUGCCAGAGGUGAUAAUAGAUAAGCCAACUACUGAUGACAAUAGCACCAAUACAGAAGCCAUCUUCAAGAAGAGGAGGUCAGGAUCUAACCAAGUUUCAAUGGAUUUUCUGGAUGAUGCUAUACAAAGGCAGAGAGCUUUAAGCGUGGCCAGUAUUCUCACAAAUACUAUGGAAGAAUUGGAAGAAUCUCGACAGAAAUGUCCGCCCUGCUGGAACAAAUUUGCAAAUUCGUUCUUGGUCUGGGACUGCCAUCCACAUUGGCUAAAAGUGAAGAAAGUUGUCCAUUUAAUUGUGAUGGACCCCUUUGUGGAUCUCGCCAUCACGAUUUGCAUUGUGCUGAACACUCUUUUUAUGGCUAUGGAGCAUUACCCCAUGACAAAAAACUUUGAAAAUGUACUCUCAUAUGGGAACUUGGUAUUUACCGGAAUCUUCACUGGAGAAAUGAUUUUCAAAAUCAUUGCCUUGGAUCCUUUCUAUUACUUUCAAGAAGGGUGGAAUAUUUUUGACAGCAUUAUUGUAAGCCUUAGUCUAAUGGAACUUGGUCUGGCUAAUGUGGAUGGCCUGUCUGUGCUACGAUCAUUCCGAUUGCUCAGAGUGUUCAAAUUGGCAAAGUCGUGGCCAACACUGAACAUGCUAAUUAAAAUUAUUGGCAACUCAGUAGGUGCUUUGGGAAACUUGACUUUGGUAUUAGCCAUCAUUGUCUUCAUCUUUGCUGUGGUUGGCAUGCAACUCUUUGGUAAAAGCUACAAGGAGGGCGUCUGUAAAAUUCAGGAAGAAUGUAAAUUACCUCGCUGGCACAUGAACGACUUCUUCCAUUCCUUUCUCAUUGUGUUCCGAGUCUUGUGUGGAGAAUGGAUUGAGACGAUGUGGGACUGCAUGGAAGUAGCGAGUCAGUCGAUGUGCCUCAUCGUCUUUAUGAUGGUCAUGGUAAUAGGUAAUCUUGUGGUACUGAACUUAUUUUUGGCCUUGCUAUUGAGCUCAUUCAGUGCUGACAAUCUAGCUGCUACAGAUGAUGACAGUGAAAUGAACAACUUACAGGUUGCUGUGGGGAGGAUACAGAGAGGCAUUGCCUAUGUCAAAAGAAACAUGCAAGAAUUCUUUCAGAAAGCCUUCAUCAAGACCAAAGUCACAGAAGACAUCAAGCCUCUUGAUGAACUACACAGCAAGAAAGAUAACUAUAUCUCCGAUCACACAGGCAUUGAGAUUAGCAAAGACAUGAACUACCAGAAGGAUGAAAAUUGCACCACCAGUGGGAUUGGCAGUUGUUUGGUGAAAUACAAUAUAGAUGAAGGAGACUACAUGUCCUUUAUUCACAAUCCAAGCCUGACUGUUACUGUGCCAAUAGCUGUGGGGGAAUCAGACUUCGAGAACCUAAACACUGAAGACUUCACCAGUGAAUCAGACCUAGAAGGAAGCAAAGAGAAAUUGGCUGAAAGCAGCUCAUCUGAAGGGAGCACAGUUGACAUCAGUCCUCCUGGACAGGGGGAACAGCCAGAAGAAACACCAGAGGAAUCCAUGGAGCCUGAAGCAUGCUUUACUGAAGGAUGUGUGAGGAAGUUCCCAUUUUGCUAUGUCAGUAUAGAAGAGGGCUCAGGCAAAUCCUGGUGGAACCUGAGAAAGACCUGCUACAAAAUAGUGGAACACAAUUGGUUUGAGACAUUCAUUAUAUUCAUGAUUCUUCUCAGCAGUGGUGCCUUGGCUUUUGAAGAUAUUUAUAUCGAACAACGGAAAAACAUCAAAUCAAUGCUUGAAUACGCUGACAAAAUCUUCACUUACAUCUUCAUUCUGGAAAUGUUGCUGAAGUGGGUGGCUUAUGGAUUUGUGAAGUACUUCACAAAUGCAUGGUGUUGGCUGGACUUCCUCAUUGUUGAUGUCUCUUUGGUGAGCCUCACAGCUAAUGCCUUGGGCUACUCAGAACUUGGUGCCAUUAAAUCCCUCAGGACACUAAGAGCUUUGAGACCUCUAAGAGCAUUGUCGCGAUUCGAAGGCAUGAGGGUGGUCGUGAAUGCACUGCUUGGGGCAAUUCCUUCCAUCAUGAACGUGCUGCUUGUAUGCCUGAUAUUCUGGCUCAUUUUCAGUAUAAUGGGUGUGAAUCUGUUUGCUGGAAGGUAUUAUCACUGUAUCAACACCACUGAUGGAACUACGUUCCCUAUCGAAAUUGUUGACAAUAUUACAGAUUGCCUUCAGCUUAACGCAUCUGCACGGUGGAAAAACGUAAAAAUAAACUUUGACAAUGUUGGAUUAGGCUACCUUGCUUUAUUACAAGUGGCAACUUUUAAAGGAUGGAUGGACAUCAUGUAUGCUGCUAUUGAUUCGAGAGAUGUGAAGCAGCAACCUGACUAUGAAUGCAAUCUGUACAUGUAUUUUUACUUCGUCAUUUUCAUCAUCUUUGGAUCUUUCUUCACCUUGAACUUGUUUAUUGGUGUCAUUAUUGACAACUUCAAUCAACAGAAGAAAAAGCUUGGAGGUCAAGAUAUUUUCAUGACUGAAGAACAAAAGAAAUAUUAUAAUGCAAUGAAGAAGCUAGGAUCCAAGAAGCCACAGAAACCUAUACCAAGGCCCUUGAACAAGAUUCAAGGCAUGGUGUUUGAUUUUGUAACCCAGCAAGUUUUUGAUAUCAGCAUCAUGAUUCUCAUUUGCCUUAACAUGGUCACCAUGAUGGUAGAGACUGAUGAGCAAAGUAAAGAGAUGGAUAACAUCUUAUAUUGGAUCAACAUGGUUUUCAUAGUUCUGUUCACCAGUGAAUGCGUGCUUAAACUGAUUGCGCUUCGCUACUAUUACUUUACAAUUGGCUGGAAUACUUUUGACUUUGUAGUCGUCAUUCUUUCUAUUGUAGGCAUGUUCUUAGCUGACAUCAUUGAAAAAUACUUUGUGUCGCCAACCUUAUUUAGAGUGAUCCGGCUUGCCAGAAUUGGCCGUAUCUUGCGUUUAAUCAAGGGUGCUAAGGGAAUCCGCACACUGCUGUUUGCACUGAUGAUGUCCCUUCCUGCCUUGUUCAACAUUGGUCUAUUGCUCUUCUUAGUCAUGUUCAUUUAUGCCAUAUUUGGGAUGUCUAAUUUUGCUUAUGUGAAGAAAGAAUCCGGCAUUGAUGAUAUGUUCAACUUUGAAACUUUUGGGAACAGCAUGAUCUGCUUGUUUCAGAUCACCACUUCUGCUGGCUGGGAUGGGUUACUGGCUCCAAUUUUAAACAGUGGGCCACCAGACUGUGAUCCAACAAAAGAUAACCCAGGCAGCCCUAUCAAAGGAGAUUGUGGUAAUCCGUCAGUUGCUAUUCUAUUCUUUGUUAGUUACAUUAUAAUAUCUUUCUUAAUUGUCAUAAAUAUGUACAUUGCUAUUAUUUUGGAGAAUUUCAGUGUUGCUACAGAGGAGAGUGCUGAACCACUGAGUGAAGACGACUUUGAGAUGUUUUAUGAAGUUUGGGAAAAGUUUGAUUCAGAUGCAACUCAGUUUAUGGAGUAUGGUAAAUUGCAUGAUUUUGCGGAUGCCUUGGAACCACCACUUCGUGUGGCAAAGCCCAACAAAAUACAACUCAUUGCGAUGGAUUUGCCCAUGGUCAGUGGAGACAGAAUUCACUGCCUUGAUAUCUUGUUCGCCUUUACGAAGCGUGUGCUGGGUGAGGGCGGAGAAAUGGAUGCUCUUCGACAGCAGAUGGAAGAACGCUUUAUGGCAUCUAAUCCAUCCAAGAUAUCCUAUGAGCCUAUCACAAGCACUCUGCGACGUAAGCAGGAGCACAUGUCUGCAACUAUCAUUCAAAGAGCUUUCAGGCGAUACCUGAUCAGGCGGACUCUGAAGCAGGCAUCUUUCAUGCUCAAAGAGAAAGGGAAAACGAGCGAGUUUUUACCAGGCAAAGAAGAGAUGGUGAUAGAUAAAUUCAAUGAAACCUCCACGACAGACAAAACUGAUAUGACUCCUUCCACCACAUCCCCACCAUCCUAUGAUAGUGUAACAAAACCAGACAGAACCAGGGAAGAGAAAGAAAAAGAAGACAGAGGCAAAGAUAUAAGGGAUUAUAGAAAGUAA